AUGCCUUUGUUGGCAUUGGCAUUCUCUGCCUCAUCAAUCUGGGCAAAAGAGGCUGGUAGUACUCGUUUUUGCAUGGGUGCUGCAUGGAGAGACACGGUUGGAAGGAAGACCAACUUCAACCAGAUCCUUGAAUAUGUGAAAGAAAUAAGAGGAAUGGGGAUGGAGGUCUGCUGCACCUUGGGAAUGCUAGAGAAGCAGCACGCUUUACAACUCAAGGAGGCUGGCCUUACAGCUUAUAACCAUAACCUUGAUACCUCAAGAGAGUAUUACCCUAAUAUUAUAACUACAAGAACUUAUGAUGAACGCCUGGAAACCCUUCAUCAUGUUCGUGAAGCAGGGAUUAACGUCUGUUCAGGAGGAAUAAUUGGGCUUGGAGAGGCAGAGGAGGACAGAGUUGGUUUAUUGCACACGUUGGCAACGCUCCCCUCGCACCCCGAGAGUGUCCCAAUAAAUUCACUGAUUGCAGUAAAAGGCACCCCUCUGGAAGAUCAGAAGGUGUUGGAUGUGGGAAAAGCUUUCCAAUUUUGA